AUGGUUUUCUCAAAAUUGGCCCUCGUGGGCACAUUCGCCGCUUCGGCCACUGCAUACUCUGCAACUGCAAGAACUUUCGCUGUCAACCACUUCUAUGGAACAGAACCUCUUCUUACCGCCCGUAUAGACCCAAUUGUCAACCCAGGAACCGUUGGAACACACGUUCAUACGAUCCAAGGAGGAAGUGCUUUUGGCAUGACUAUGGGGGAUACCACUGCUUUGGAUGAUUCUAACUGCACUUCCUCCCUUGUCAAGAAUGAUAAGAGCAAUUAUUGGACCCCCUCCUUGUAUUUUGUCAAUCCAAACGAUCCUACCAAUAUUACAGCUGUACCUAUGUUCUAUAUGAACGUUUACUACUUCUUCGAGCCCACAACCGACAAAAUCACCGCUUUCCAACCAGGUCACCGAAUGCUAGUUGGAAAUGCAGCUCUCCGUACUCCACCAGCAGGAGGCGGAGGAUCCAUCGUCGAUUAUUCGCUCGGAACACCUCAACCAAUCCAAGUUACCUGUCCACGUACCAACUACGAUACUCCAUCUUACCCCGCCGACUCGGACGGAUUACACGGAGUAGGAAUUCAGGACCCGCAAAACAAGGGAGCAGGUGUUGGAUUUCCAGAUCAAGAUUGUAAUGGAUUCGCUUCACCAAUGCGUCUCGAUGCUCACUUUCCUUCAUGCUAUAAUCCUGCUGCGGGAUUGACUGAUUACAAGACAAACAUGGAUUGGCCUACCAAGGGAAAUUGUCCUGAGGGCUGGAUUCAUACUCCUCAUAUUUUCUAUGAGGUUUAUUACAACACUCCUCUCUUUGCAAGUCAAUGGACGCCAGGUCAAGGCAAACAACCUUUUGUUCUUGCUAAUGGAGAUCCAACUGGUUAUGGAUUCCAUGCUGACUUUAUCUCGGGUUGGGACGUAGAAACUCUUCAACAAAUCAUCGAUAACUGCGACGCAGGCGAUAGCGGUAUGGAUAAAUGUCCAGGUCUCAUCGGUGGUCUCAACGAUCCAACCACAUCUUGCACUAUCAAAUCACCAAUCGAUGAAAUUGUCACCGGUACCAUGUCUGUGUUACCAGGUAGUAAUCCUAUCGGAAAAUGGGGUUCUGCUGUUGCCAGUGUAGCUUCUUCCGUCGUCGCAUCUGCUACCUCUGGUAUUGCUUACCAAGCUUCUUCAGUAGCUGUUGGUGCUUCCUCAGCUGUUUCUUCAGUUGUAGCUGGUGCUUCAUCAGUCGCUGCUUCGGUAUCCAAUGUCGCAUCAUCUGUCCUAGGAGUUGCCACAUCAGCAGCAAGUAUUUCCAUCCCAAGCAUAUCUCUCCCCCUCUACCAAACACCAACUUCCGCCUCAUCCCAACAUUCUCAAAGCCACACCCGCAGCGGCGCUUCCACAAAGGUCGCAGCUGCAUCAUCAGCUGCCAGCGAAGUCGUAUCUUCCAGCGUCAUCACAUCCGGAGGUCAAGUCUUCACAUCCAUCGUCACCGUCCACGCUUCCACACUCAUCUACAAAACCGUCUCAGUUACCGCAGGACAAGCUCUUCCCACCGGCUCUAGCGUCUCUUCUAGCACUCCGGCUACUAUCUCCGGAUACUCAUAUGCUGGUUGUUAUGCAGAUCAAGAAACAAACCGCGCGCUUUCUGGCGUCACAUUUGCAGAUGUGGGUAAAGCUGCUGUGUCCAACUCAGCGUGUGUGGCAUACUGUGAAGAAAAGGGAUAUAGUGUUGCGGGAACAGAAUAUGGAGGACAGUGUUUCUGUGGACAAAGCUUACCAAGCCAGACAGUCGAUGCAAGUAAGUGUGCCAUGGCGUGCGAGGGAGAUGCAAAUGAGAUUUGUGGGGGUUCGUUGGCGUUGAGUGUUUAUUCUAAGAGUGGCGCGAGCAAGAGAAAAUCGAGACAUGUGCAUAGACAUGUGCAGAGGAAUUAG